AAAAUAAAAUAGUUAUGUAAUGCAAUCAAAUUAUCAUUUACAGCUGAUGAAAUUUCUUCUUAAAAAUUGAAGGAAAUGAUGGUGUAAGUAGCCAGAAAAUAAAAUGAAUCUACAAAAUUAAUCAGAAAUUUAACUGAUCUUCAUUAAUUGAGAUAUUGUAACAGCAAACAAAAUGUAUUCGGCAUUCUUGAGGAAAGCAUCAGCAAACUUCUUAAAGACCAAAUCCAUCCAUCCCAUAUUCAGAGAAGUAAAAUUAACCUGUUUAUGUACCAGACAGCAGCCCCUACGGUUCAAACAUUCCGGAACUCCAAAAAUACCUAAAGAUUCACCUGUGAAAAAUGGCAGUGCUUCUAAAAAUUAUGUAGUCAUUUUAAAAAAUUACUUAAAAGGAUGGAAGAAGAAGGAUUUGGUUCGAAUGUUUCGAUUAGCUAAACCUGAACGUUAUAAAAUAUAUGGUGCUAUAUUUUUUCUUCUAAUAUCCAGCAGCAUUUCCAAUUUGGUGCCGAUGUUUUUUGGAAAGUUGAUAGAUCUCAUGUCUUCUGCAGCAGAUGAUGGAACUUUAUUGGAAAACUUAAAAUCUAAAUCCAGUAUUCUAUUAUUGAUAUUUGUUAUUGGUGGAAUAGCUAAUUGUUGUCGUUUCUAUCUCUUUACUGUCGCUGGUCAAAAUAUUAUCAAGAAACUACGUGAAAACGUUUUCAGAUCUAUUUUAAAACAAGAAAUGGGAUUUUAUGAUAAAAAUAAAACAGGAGAGUUGAUAAAUCGAUUGUCGACAGAUACGACUGUUGUAGGAAAAUCUAUAACCAAUAAUAUAUCAGAAGGUUUACGAGCCCUGGCUUCAGGUUCUAUUGCUGUGACUAUGAUGCUGUACAUAUCCCCCAAAUUAACGCUAGUAGCAAUGGCCAUUGUUCCUGCAGUUGUUGGGUUUGCUAUUAUUUAUGGAAGAUUUGUUAAAAGAAUAACGAAAGAAAUUCAAGACACACUGGCUGAUUCUACACAGGUAGCUGAAGAAAGAAUCAGUAAUAUACGAACUGUUAGAGCGUUUGCUCAUGAAAUCAAAGAAAUGAAAGCUUAUGAUAAUAAAAUAGAAGAAAUCUUACAAUUACAGAAAAAAGAAGCCAAAUAUAGUGCAUUAUUUUGGGGAUUUACAGGGACAUCAGGUAAUGCUGCUGUAUUAUCUGUGAUUUAUUGUGGAGGUAUAAUGAUGUCGGAAUCUCAGCUCAGUGUUGGUGGUUUGACUUCGUUUAUAGUCUACGCUAUUUAUAUUGGAAUAUCUCUAUCAAGUAUGACCUCAUUUUAUACUGAAAUAAUGCGAGGGCUUGGUGCUAGUUCUAGAUUGUGGGAAUUAUCAGAACGGAAUCCUUUGAUUCCAAUUGCAGGCAACAUUUAUUUGCACCAUUUUAAUUUUGAGUCAAAUAUCUUGUUUAGAAAUAUCCGGUUCUCAUUCCCUACCAGAUCAGAUGUUAAUAUAUUUAAUCAUCUCAAUCUAACAGUACCUAGUGGAAGUGUAACAGCAGUAGUGGGGGCCAGCGGCUCGGGGAAGUCAUCCCUGGGGCAUUUAUUAUUACGUUUUUAUGACCCUCAGUUUGGAGAGGUCUGUCUAGAUGAUAUUAACAUUAAUAAAUUAGAUCCUACAUGGUUACGACAACAUAUUGGUACAGUAAGUCAGGAACCUAUAUUAUUUUCCUGUUCAAUAGCUGAUAAUAUAAAAUAUGGAGCCAGUGAAAACAAUGUUACAACAGAAGAUAUGAUGAACGCAGCACGACAAGCCAACGCUUACCAGUUUAUACAGAAUUUCCCUCAACAGUUUGAUACGUUGGUUGGUGAGAGGGGCAUCAUGCUAUCAGGUGGUCAACGACAAAGAAUUGCCAUAGCUAGAGCCAUAUUGAAAAAUCCCAAAAUACUGUUAUUAGAUGAAGCCACAAGUGCCCUAGAUGCGGAGAGUGAAUACUGGGUCCAGGAUGCGUUAGAAAGAUUAAUGGAGGGACGUACUGUUAUUACUAUAGCUCAUCGUCUAUCUACAAUUAAAACAGCCAAUCAGAUCGCUGUAUUAGAUCAAGGUCAGAUAGCAGAGGUCGGAAGUUAUAAUGAUCUAAUACAAAUACCUGAUGGGAUAUUUAAAAAACUGGUAGACCGACAGACCAUCACUAAUUAA